UCACUGACAGACGUCAACAUAUUUCAUAUAUUUCACAUAUUUAAGAAAUAAACAAAGUUUUAAGUAAUAUUCGACUGCAAAUUAAAUUCUAACCAAUAAAUAAUCAAAGUGAAUUAAGAAAAUAAUUGAAUUUCACCAUUAUUUUUUGCACAAAUACGCAUAUGAAAAGAAAACAUAACCUAUUUAACAAAAGACCUUGACUUACGUCCCUUUUAUAUUUUUUCUUUUUAAUAAAUAAAUUGCAAAGAUUGUAAACAAAAUUAACACAUGGUUUUCAAUUAAUUAACUAAAUUAUCGAAAAUAAGGAAGAGAAGAAAUAGACACUGUCAUUUGUUACUUUAACUAAAAAGGAAGAUAAUUUAAAUGAUUAACGAUUAACACGUUGGCAUGAUGAAAUUUUUAGUAUUUUUGUAAAAAUACUUUAAACAAAUUAGAGUAAUGUGAAUUUAAGUAAAAAGGAGUUUAUACUAUAUAUUUUUCUAUGGCGACAAGAAUUUGGUUGCGUCUAAAUGAUGCAACAAGUAAAUGUUUCUUUAAUCAUGUACAGUAUCGUAGGCCAAAUCUGCAGGUUUACAGGACAUUUAAACCAGUCAGAAAUUUUAAAUUCAGAGAAGUGGAAAAGGAGACGCCGGUAGUGUUUAAUAAAUCUGGAAACAUAUCUUACCGAUUUUUGAAAACUUUCGGCUUCACUGUGAUGUUUAGCGGAAGUUGUUUAGUUGGUGCAACAAUUUGGGAAUAUGAGAACAUUCGUCGAAGGACCUACAAUUUAAUUCAUUUUAUGAAACAUCGUCAAGUUCCUAAAAGAGGUUUUCGAGCACAAGCCGAACUAUGGUGGAGAAGUUUAAGUCCUGGAGAGAAAAUUUUUAUACCUAUUUGCUUUUUAAAUGUUCUCGUUUAUCUCGCAUGGAAGGUGCCGUCUUUUCGCAAAACAAUGGGUCUUUAUUUCACUGCUAGUCCAACUUCCAGUAAAGUGGGUCUUCCCUUAUUACUGUCGACAUUUUCGCACGACUAUUUUUUUCAUUUAGCUGCAAAUAUGUACGUUCUUCAUAGCAUCUGUCAACCUGCUGUUCAAUCACUUGGUAUGGAGCAAUUUACGGCGAUGUAUUUAAUCAGUGGAGUUUUUGGAAGUUUUAUGAGUCAUUUGUAUAAAGCAACAUUGUGCCGAACGACUGCAUCUUUAGGAUCGUCUGCUGCCGUUAUGGGCGUACUUGCCUACACUUGCAGUCAAUUUCCUUCGUUACAGUUCAGUUUAAUUUUUCUCCCCAUGUUCACCUUUUCUUCAGCCCAGGCAUUGCAAGGUUUAAUUGCUCUGGAUGUGGUAGGCGCAAUUAUGAGAUGGAGGUUUAUUGAUCACGCAGCGCAUCUCGGUGGUGCUUUCAUCGGAAUAUUAUGGGCAAAGUGGAUUAACGAAAACGUCUGGCAGAAACGUAAACCACUUUUAACAAUGUGGCAUAAAUUUCGAGAACCACCACGACCGAUCUAAGACUAAAUG